UUUUAUUUUAAUAAAUUUCUUCUCCCAUUGAAUUUUAAAUUACUAGAAAAACAAUGCGUAAGCAAAGAAAAAACUAUUCUCGAAGCAAAGGCAAGAAGCCAAAUUUCAAUCAAAACAAAACUAUUUCAAAAAAUAACAAAACUCCAACCAACAAGAGAAGUAAAAAUUUCCGCUUCAUCCAAAGAAGCAAGGAAGCUGAAGAACAACAGAGACGGCAUAAAAUAAUUGAAGACAAAUAUAAAAAACAAACACUUGGAACGGCAGACGAUGACAGUGAUAAUGAUGUCGAGGAUGAAGUCGAGGAGGAAAACGCCUACGAAGCGCUACUUUCUACUUUGGACAAAAAUGGAAAAAAGAACAAACACAUCGAAAGCUCAUCCGACGAAGACGAAAACGUAUCAGAUGAAGAAAAUAAAAGUGAACUAGGAGGUGAAGAUGAUGGAGAUAGUCUUGAGGAAGAAGAUGAAGAACUGGGUGAAGAAGAAGAUUUUGAAUCCGAUAUCGAAAAUUCCGAAGUUGAUGAUGAAGAAGUUGAAGGCAAAGAUGAACUAGGAGAUGAAGAAUUCGAUGAACUUGAGGGAGAAGAUGAAGAACAAGAUGAUAAAGAAGAGGAAGAAGGUGAAGAAGAGGAAGAAGAAGCCGAAUUAGAUGAAGAAGUAACAAGUACCAAAUUCGUUCAACAAGGCAUAGUUGAUCCCUUUUCGGAACAUUUUGACUAUGAAUUAUCACCACAGCAUGUAGAAAACCUCUUGGCCAAACCAAGUCCAGUAACUAAAUCAGAACUUAAAUGGCCAAAAUUAGGUAGAAUACAAGUUGAAAUAUCACAAUCUGGUAAAGAAAAAAAUGACGAUCCCCCAGAAAAAAAGAAAAAAGUUCUUCUCGACGAAGAACACUAUGCCAGCGAAGGUACCCCACCUCAAAUACUCUCUCUUAAUGAAGAAGAAUUAGAAAAGCACGGCAUCAAACAACAAUUAUGUAAAAAUAUAGCACAAGCUAAUAAAAUGCAUAUUAACCCCGAUUCCGAUAAACUGCUGACAAAAAUGCAAAUAGAAAUACUUUCAGUUUUGUUAAAAUAUCAAGACUUGUCUCUACCUCAAAGGACGUUAGAAAAUGCUGAAGAGAUUCGUUUUGUAUAUUCUCUUCACUCUUUGAAUCAUAUGCUGAAGACUCGAGCAAAGAUCUUACAUCACAAUGCUAAACUUAAACUCGCCUCAGAAAGUAAAAAAUCUAAAACAACAAUUAUACCCGAAGCCUAUCAGGAUCAAGGUUUAGUUAGACCAAAGGUUUUAAUAAUAGUUCCAUUUCGAGAUGCGGCGUUUAGGGUAGUUAAUUAUUUUGUAGAGCUCCUUUAUGGUGAGAAAUCAGAAAAGGCAAAAACUGAUGGAACUGUUAUCAACUAUAAGCGGUUCAUGGACGAGUACACAGGAGACACCUUGUAUUUCCCAAAAACAAAUCCCAAGCCGGAGGAUUACGAAAAAACAUUCGCCGGCAAUACAGAUGACAAUUUCAAAAUCGGCAUUUCCCUUACCAAAAAGUGCAUCAAACUUUAUACUGAAUUCUAUUCAUCAGAUAUAUUGAUUGCUUCACCUCUGGGAUUGAGGAUGGUUGUUGGAGCUGCUGGAGAUGCAGAACGGGACUAUGAUUUCCUAACUUCCAUCGAAGUGCUGAUACUUGAUCAAGCAGAAUUAUUUUUAGCUCAAAAUUGGGAGCAUUUAUUGCACGUACUCGAUCAUAUGCACUUACAACCACAAUCGACCCGUAACACAGACUUUUCACGAGUUCGUCCUUGGUGUCUGAAUGGUCUCAGUCGAUUUUACAGGCAAACACUGUUGUGUACCUCGCACGAACUGCCUGAAUUUCGUUCGUUAUUUAGCAGUAAAUGCAGCAACUACCGAGGCAAAGUGCGAGUUGUUAAUCCCAUAGCUGAUGGUUCGAUUCGAAAUGUUUUUGUUCAGACACCACAGGUGUUUCACAAGAUCGACGUUGAUUCAAUUGAGAAUUCAUUUGAUAGACGAUUUGAUUAUUUUGUCAAAGAAAUCCUACCACAAUUCAAAAGUCCAUCAAUGGCUCAUUGUAUGAUCUAUGUACCGAGUUAUUUUGAUUAUGUUCGAUUGAGGAACUAUUUUAAAACAGAAACUGUAAAUUUUGUACAAAUUUGUGAGUACACAAAAGAUGCAAAGAUUGCUCGUGCAAGAGAUAUGUUCUUCCAUAGUGCAGCUCAUUUUCUACUUUAUUCAGAAAGAGCACAUUUUUUUAGACGGACACGAAUCAAGGGUAUUCGUCAUUUAAUCUUCUAUCAACCUCCAUGUUGGCCUAAUUUGUAUCCUGAACUAAUCAAUUUAAUGCAAGAGAGUUAUCAAAAUCCUCGAGAUGGGCUGGAAAAUUCUAUGAGUGUUACAAUUUUGUAUUCAAAAUACGAUAUGUUACAAAUUUCUGCGAUAAUUGGCACUGAUAGGGCUGCCAAGCUACUGCGGUCUAAUAAGACAACUCAAGUUUUUGUGGCUGGUGAUUAGAAGAUAAAAAUUAAAUUAUGAAAAAAAAAAUGAAGAUUUGUAAUAAAAGUAAGUGUUAUGUAUAUAUAUAUAUUAUGUUGUAAUGUAGUAAAUACUAAUUUUAUUAUA